CCGCCCCCCGCUCCUCGUCCGAGGCCGCCCGGCCCGCGGGCUCCCCUGGGCCGCAGGCAGAGACCCCGGGCGGCUGGAGGGCCCGGCGGCGUCGGGGGCGCUGGGCCGGGCGGACCCCAAACCCUUUCUGGGAGGAAGCCCCCCGCCGACGGCUCCGCAGCCUCGGGCCGGCCGCAAGGUCACAGUGGCCGGAGCGUGGGGCCUGCGUUUCUUGGUCUUGGAGCGGCCGCCAGCCCUGGCACCCAUGUCUCCCUGGGCCCCCGUCGUGGGGGGGUCGGGGGGCCCCACCCAGAGGCCUGUCUCUUAGCCUGGAACCUUUUGGGUCCGGGCCGCCUGGGCAGAAUGUCACGAUGGAGGAGGGGGGCACACCCCUGCUCCCCGACUGCCUGGUCUACCAGAUCUUCCUGAGCCUGGGCCCUGGGGACGUGCUGGCCGCCGGGCUGGUGUGCCGCCAGUGGCAGGCCGUGUCCCGAGACGAGUUCCUGUGGAGGGAGCAGUUCUACCGCUACUACCAGGUGGCCCGCGAUGUGCCCCGACACCCAGCGGCCACGUCCUGGUAUGAGGAGUUCCGGCGGCUCUACGACACGGUGCCCUGCGUGGAGGUGCAGACGCUCCGGGAGCACACUGACCAGGUCCUGCACCUCAGCUUCUCGCACUCGGGCUACCAGUUUGCGUCCUGCUCCAAGGACUGCACCGUGAAGAUCUGGAACAACGACCUGACCAUCUCGCUGCUGCACAGCGCGGACAUGCGGCCCUACAACUGGAGCUACACCCAGUUCUCCCAGUUCAACCAGGACGACUCGCUGCUGCUGGCCUCGGGGGUGUUCCUGGGGCCCCACAACUCCUCCUCCGGGGAGAUCGCGGUCAUCAGCCUAGACACCUUCGCGCUGCUGUCGCGAGUGCGCAACAAGCCGUACGACGUGUUUGGCUGCUGGCUCACGGAGACCAGCCUCAUCUCGGGGAACCUGCACCGCAUCGGGGACGUCACCUCCUGCUCCGUGCUCUGGCUCAACAACGCCUUCCAGGAUGUUGAGUCUGAGAACGUCAACGUGGUGAAGCGGCUCUUUAAGAUCCAGAACCUCAACGCCAGCACCAUCCGCACCGUGAUGGUGGCCGACUGCGGCCGCUUCGACAGCCCCGACCUCCUGCUGGACAGCAGCGCGCCCCCGGGCCGCGUCUUCGACCUGGGCAGCGACGGUGUCGAUGAGGAGGAGGAGGAGGCGGCGGCAGCGGCGGCUGGCCCAGCCCCCGUGCGCACCGAGGGCUGGCGGCGCCUCCUGCACGGGCUCCUGGACACCCGGGCUCAGCCGCCGCUGGCGGAGCGCGUGCUGGAGACCAGGGUGGCGGAGCUGCUGGCCCAGGGCCGCACCAAGCCCCCCGAGGGCAUCGCGGCCUGCGCCCAGCACAAGCUCCUCAUCUUCACCACCGGCUGCCUCACCUACUCCCCGCACCAGAUUGGCAUCAAGCAGAUCCUGCCGCACCAGAUGACCACAGCGGGGCCGGUGCUGGGCGAGGGCCGGGCCUCCGACGCCUUCUUCGAUGCCCUGGACCACGUGAUCGACGUGCACGGGCACAUCGUUGGCAUGGGCCUGUCCCCCGACCACAGGUACUUGUACGUGAACAGCCGCGCCUGGCCCAGCGGCUCAGUGGUGACCGACCCCAUGCAGCCGCCGCCCAUCGCCGAGGAGAUCGACCUGCUGGUGUUUGACCUCAAGACCAUGCGGGAGGUGAAGCGGGCCCUGCGCGCCCACCGCGCCUACACGCCCAACGACGAGUGCUUCUUCAUCUUCCUGGACGUGAGCCGGGACUUCGUGGCCAGUGGGGCCGAGGACCGGCACGGCUACGUCUGGGACCGCCACUACAACAUCUGCCUGGCCAAGCUGCGGCACCAGGACGUCGUCAACUCCGUGGUCUUCAGCCCCCAGGAGCAGGAGCUCCUGCUGACAGCCAGCGACGACGCCACCAUCAAGGCCUGGCGCUCGCCCCGCACCGUGCGCAUCCUCCAGGCCCCCCGCCCGCGCCCCUUCUUCUCCUGGUUCGCCAGCCAGAGGCGCUGAGGGGCGUACCCGAGAAGCACCCGUGUCCUCGCUGCAGGACCCACUGAGGCCGCGAGGAAGCUGCUGCCCAGAUGGCGUGGGGGCAGAGCUCGCAGCAGCAGUGCCUGAGGAAGGGGGUCCGCGGGCGGCAGUAGACACUGGACCCCACCACGCUUGUGCACACACACCACCUCCCACAGCCGUGACGCUUAGCUCUCGGGCACCUGGGCGGCCUCCUGGCUGCUUGGGGUGCACGGGACACCGGGAGCCCCCCUUCACCCACCCCUCUCCCUAGGCCUGGGCCCUGUGAUGUCAGCACGACCCUCCCCCUCGGCUGGCCCUCUGGGGCCCUGGGUGGUGGUCCUGGCCCAGCCUGACCCUGGGAGCCCCAGGGUCCCCUCUGGUGGGCGAUGCGGGUCACCUGUGGGCCCAGUGGACUGCAUGUCACUUACCACCUGUUCAGGCCCCGAAUAAACAGUUGGCAGCAA